AUGGAGGCAGAAGGACAAUGUUGUGCUGCCUUGGGAACACGUGGGGUUAGGGGUAUUUCUUGUUCCCCGCGAAAGUUCGUGCCAGCUGAAGGCAGUAAUCCCGGAUCCGUGGAGGCAACCCCCCGAUGUCCCGAGUCAGCCUUAUUGCUAACCAUAGCUGUAUGCACAAUUGAUGAUAUGGAGAGACCAGAAGCUAUCACUCGUUGGGUGUUCUUGGCCGACGUUUCAUGUGGGUGGUAA